CCCUUAGUGAUAUCAUUCGAAAUCCCCCUCAGAAACUUACCUCGCACAGAAAAUGCGUUUCUACCUCACCAACGUUGUUGUUGCUUUGACAGCAUCUAUGGUUGUCAGUGCAUGUUCGAAACUGUAUGGACCUUGCAUAUUAAACCCCGAUUGUUGCCCUGGCUUGGGUUGCACCUAUCAUCAGGUGAGUAUGUGCGGCACUGGGUCAUUGUACAACUCCAGGACUCAAUUGCAAUAUUUGUUGACUCGCUCAGUGCUUUCCUACGGGCAACGACAAAUUGUAGCCUAUUGAGAAUCAAGGAGAUAGUAAGCCAUGUUUCUGCUUUCGCUUUGGUAUUACUUAUGUUUGACGGUGCAAGUUCGCCGACACCGAUCGGAGUUAGAACAUGUUUUUAAUUUUGGUCUCGUGGUCUCGUGCCGUCUUAUC